CAAGUCUUUUUCCUGCAUCCGGGCGUGGGUGGGCUGGCUCUGAAGCCUCGCGAGCAGCAUGGAGGUCGACGGCGAACUCCAGUGCAGCCCGGGCUCUUCCUCGUCCCCCGAGGGCGGCCCCGGCGUCUCGGUGUCCCGGGAGCUGCUGACGGCGGGGAGCGGCGGCCGCGGAGGUAUAUGGGACAGAUUGCUCAUCAACCCCAAGCCUAAUUCCAGAAAGAAUUCCAGUCUUCAAACAGUUCGGAUAGAGAGGAGUCCCUUAUUGGACCAGGUACAGACCUUCCUCCCACAGAUGGCUCAGGCGAAUGAGAAGCUAAGGAAAGAAAUGGCAGCUGCACCUCCCGGUCACUUCAAUAUUGAAAAUAUUGAUGAGAGUCUUGGAAACAUUAUACAAAUGGAUGUGGCCUUGUUUGAGAUGAAUCAGUCCGAUUCAAAAGAAGGGGACAGCUCUGAAGAGGAUUCUCAGGACAGUUCCGAAUCAGAGGACGAAGAUGACAGCAGCUCUUCUGAAGUCACCGUAGAUAAUAUCAGGCUUCCUCGUUCGGAAGGUGGGAAAGGCAAGAUAGAAGUCCUGGACAGUCCUGUCAGUAAAAAAAAGAGACAGUGAAAUAAAUUAUCCAAGAUGCAGGGGAUUCACGCCUGCUAAUUCUGCGAGAAAGAAUGUGGCUUGCUGGUUAUUUUGCAUUUCAGGUAGAUGGUGCUUUCAUGUCACGUCGGAUGUGUUUUGUUUCUUGGAGAAAAAGAAGCUGACUUUUAAGUAGUUGGAAUUGGUAGCAUUGGGGGAUCUUCUAAGAGGAGUCGGUCUUUGAUCUCAAGCUGAAGAGAUUCAGUUUAGAAAGCUGAACUAUUUUGGGUGAUGAGUGAAUUUUUUGGCAACUGUUUUCUUCAGCAUAGACUUCAGACAUAUCAAGCUUAUUUUAUUUUUAUUAUUGAUUUUUUUUUAAGGGAGAGAGAAAAAUUAAUUUGUUGUUCCACUUAUUUAUGCACCCAUUGGUUGAUUCUUAUAUGUGCCCUGACCAUGAUUGAACUGGCAACCUUAGCAUAUCCAGAUGAUGCUCAAACCAACUGAGCUACCUGGCUAGAGCUUCAAACUUAUUUUAAAUUAAAAAUAUGAGUCACCUGUUCAUUUUAAAUUAUCUCGGAUAAAAAACCUAGGUGGAUUUUGUUUGUUCUUAUAACAUCAAAUUUAUUUGUUAGCAUCAAAAUGAGGAAGAAAUUUUUAAGAGAAAUCCUUUUAUAAUAAAAAAAAAUUAUCUAGAUUUAGCUGCCCUCAGGCAUAUGUCCUCUUAUUUAAAAAUAUAUUUGUUUCCAGUUUGAGCUGGAAAUCUGGUUCUCUCUGGGUUUCAUCACUGUUGGUACCUCUGCAGUUCCUCGAUGGCUAUAAAACGUACUGGUUGGAAAAAUUGAUGUUUUGUUUUUUCUUUUUUUCAUAAAGCAAAUUUUUUUCUCAGCUACACAAUUGUUCAUGGUUUGAAACCUAUCAAAUGUAGAAACUAGGGACACCACAGGAAAAAACAGAAU